CGGCCGGUGAACCCGCGUGCCGUACGGUUGUUGUCUCUUCGUUUUUUCGCACCGCCCGUGCGUUUUCUCUAUCUAUCCUUACGUUUCGCGCUUUCUAUCUUUCUUAUAAGUCUCUUUCUCGGCUUUCAGCUAUAAUCGUUUGGUUUUUUUUUUUUUUUAGAGUGAUCCCUAGAUUCUUCGAAGCUAGAUCGCGUGUGACAUUCUGAUCCUCCAUCGUCGUUAUUCUCGUAGAGAAACGCACGCACACGCAUCGUACAUGCGUAAUCUCUUUCUCUUUCUAUCUUUCUUUCUUUCUUUCUAUUGACGCUCUCCGUCCGUGGUUCCUUCGCUCGAAGAUAACAACGAGAGAAGGAAGAAUCCUCCUCGCAGGACCUUUUGGAUUUUUCUUCGACUCGUCGUCAUUCGUCCUCUUCGUUGUACACGGGCGCUACGCCUUUGAGAACUUCUCCUGCAUGAUUUCGUACGACCCGACGUCGUACGUAAGAAACAGGAAGAACGCGUUCGCCAUCGAGGAUGACGUAGCCCGAGGGUUACUUAUCGACGAGUCAGACGUCGAGGAUGCACGUGAGAAUAGUAUCAAGAGCGGACGAAGAGAAGGAAAAAGGAAGGAAGAGAAAGACAUCAGGUCGUUCUAUUGAAGAAACUGCAUUUGCUCGGUUCUUCUCGUCGUGGUUGUCGUUGGAUAUUUUCAACGAGGCAACGACCGAUAAAGACACUGCCAGGGUAACGAACAGCACCAGUCGUGCCCACCUGAGUCGUCCGUUAAGUUGCAUCCGUCGUCAUAACUUUGCGUCUUUCGUUCUUCUUUUCAUUUUUCCUCCCAUUCUGUAGACAUCGGAAACGGUUACGGACUCUAGACUUUCCCUGCACUUGUUUCUCUUUCUUCUCUUUUUGCACAGAAUCUUUUCUCUCUCUCUCUCUCUCUCUCUCUCUCUCUCUCUCUCUCUCUCUCUCUCUCUCUCUCUCUCUCUCUCUCUGUCUGUCACUCUCUAUCAAUCUAUCUAUCUCUUUCUCUUUCUCUUUCUCUUUCUCUUUCUUUCUCUUUCCGUUUUACCGGCUUCUACUCUCGCGUACGCGUUGGAAGAUCAAAGAGCUAAGAAGAAGAAGAAGAAGAAGAGAAAAGAGGAAAGAUGUUAGGCGUGAGUCAGCCGAGCAAUCCGCCCUCGAGCUUGCGUCACUCCGCAAGCUUCUCCUGUCUGCAAAGGAGCACCGUCGGCGAGGGCCAUCGUGCUAGAACCUCGACAUUGUUGCAACAGCCGAGCCUGCAGCUUACUAACGGCCACCAUCAUCAUCACCAUCACCACCAUUCGCAGCAUCAUCAUCAUCAGUACUCGUCCGGGCAGAGCGGCUCGUCGCUUCAACAGUCGAGUAACAACGCUCAGCAGCAACAACAGCAACAGCAACAGCAACAGCAGCAGCAGCAGCAGCAGCAGCAGCAUCAGCAACAACAACGAGGGGUCGAGGCCGAUGCGAUUCAAGAGAGCAACGAUUACGGUUUCGUAAGGAUCAGGCCUCGUUUGCGAAGUACCAACGCUACGAUCUAUCACGAGGAGGAGGUGGCAGCGGCUAAGAGCGCUUUUAGAGAUCGAGACGCGUCAGCUUUCAGCGAUCGCGAGUGCGAGUCCUCGAGCUUUCGCGAAUUAUUGAAGACGAAGGAUCGAGAGCAAUCGCCAAAGAGCGGAGGCUCCUCGAAGAAUCAGAAUCCGUUGAAGGGUGCCCUGAUAUUGUUCACGUCCACCUCAUCUUGGUGGAAAGCGAGACAGCGAGAGGAACAGCUGAACGGCGUUGGUGGGUCCUCGAGUUCGGUUACCACCUCGAUUUUGCCUUCGUCCGAGCGAAAGUGGUCGAGCACCUCGAUGGCGUCACCCUCGAACGAGAGAAAGUGGCCGCCCUCGAUGACGUCGCCCACGAUGGGUGAACGGAAGUGGUCCGUCGGUAACAAUGCCUCGUUGACGUCACCGAGCAACGAGAGGAAGUGGACCAGGUCCUCGGUCUCUUCUAGCUCGACGAAUGUUCUCGCUGCCAGCACCGGAGGACAAUCUCAGCCGCAACAACAGGAUAGGAAAUGGCGCUCCCUAGGUGCCCUUCUUAGAGCUCCCACAGUUGGCGGAGGAAGUGGUACUUCCUCGCACGCGAGCGCUUCGCUUCAGAAUUCAUUUUCUCACAACAUGAGCGUCUCGAUGAUCGAGAGCACCACGGCCGAGCGUUCUAGAGAGGAGCCACGUGGCUCGGCUUGCAAAUCCUCUUCUACGAGAUACCAACAGCCGAGCUCGUACUCGGCUCGUGUAUCCCGAGUCACCAGAGAUAUAUACAGAGAGAACGGCGAGUUCUCGCAGGCUGCCAGGACCAAGGUCAGUCGUAGAUUGUAUCAGGAACCACCUAUCGAGGCUGCCGGCAAUGCGACGUCUACCGAUCGAGAGAUCAUCGAGGAUACCGGGAGACACUCGCUCGCGAGACACCAUCAGUUCAAGGACGAGUGCAGAGCUAGAACGAAUCGCGAGAGCUUUUGUAGAAUCGAUCAGACUACCGAAACUCGUACUACUGGAACCGGCACGACGACUACCUCGUCCUCGACCACCAGAUCGAGCAGGGCUCAGAGUUUCUAUCUCCUGGAUGAUUUUUUGAAGCCGCAACCUCAGCAGAACAAGUGCAUGUUGAAUCUUUACUUAUCCUCCCCGUAUUCGAAGUCGGUCGAAACGAAGAGAGUAUCGCAAGGAAACGUUACCACGAACAUAACACCUCCGAGACGUCACAAUUCGAGUUCGGAUAGUCUCGAAGUUGCUACCAGUCCUUUGCCGCCUCCUGUACCGCCGCCGCCGCCACAGCUAAGUGCUAGAGAAAGAGAGAGAGGUGAAAAUUUCAAGGAGAAGGAGGUGUGUCCAUGCAACAUGUGCUGGGCUUCGUUGCAGCAGAGAUCGUUCGCGGAAGAGGUGAGUAGGAGAUCGAAAGAACGCACGUCUCUCUACGAAGAGAAAGGGAGGAGUCCCGGAACGCUGCACAAAGAUGUCGACGGUGCUGGUACCAAGGUCAGUGGAAAGACGGUCGGAGGUGUCGGCACGGCAACCCUCACCACGCUCUCCUCCAUUAAUAAUACAUCCAACGCCACUCGAAAUAAGAACAAUCCGGUAUCUCACGAGAAAUUACCGUCGUUCUUCAAUACGAAGCCCACGCGGGUGGAUAAAUCGAACGCCAAGAAUGCAAACAAUUCUACCAGCAACAACAUUCACAAUAUGUCGAUGCACGAAUCACACAGUGCCAUCACACACUCUCAUGAAUUUCAUGGCGGCAAAUUCCCUAUGACACCUCAGGAAGCUGUGAAGUAUUAUGGAUAUCGACUUCCGGAUUUCGAGCGCGCAGAGAUUGAAAAGUAUUCCGAAAUUUGGUACUUGGGUUUGUCGGCGAAUAAAAUUCACGGAGAGGAAGGUGCAUCGCAAAACGGCGGUUACGAUGACGAAAACGGUAGCUACAAUAAAGUCCUGCAUGAUCACAUUUCCUACAGAUACGAGAUACUAGAAGUUAUUGGAAAAGGAAGUUUCGGUCAGGUGAUUCGAGCAUUCGAUCAUAAGGCGAGUCAGUACAUCGCGAUCAAGAUCAUCAGAAACAAAAAGAGAUUCCAUCAUCAAGCACUAAUCGAAGUUAGAAUCUUGGAGCAUCUGAAGAAGAAGGAUCUGGAUGCCAAUGCGUCGCAUAAUGUGAUACACAUGUUAGAGUAUUUUUAUUUCAGGAAUCAUUUAUGCAUCAGUUUCGAAUUAAUGAGUUUGAAUCUGUACGAGCUAAUCAAAAAGAACAAUUACCAAGGAUUCAGUUUAAGUCUGGUACGACGAUUCGCUAACUCUCUGAUUAGCUGUUUGAGAUUGCUCUAUCGAGAAAAUAUCAUACACUGUGAUUUGAAACCGGAGAACGUACUUUUGAAACAACGAGGUAGCAGCUCGAUCAAAGUCAUAGACUUUGGCUCCUCCUGUUAUAGCCAUCAGCGUGUAUAUACGUACAUUCAAUCGAGGUUUUAUAGAAGUCCGGAGGUGAUUCUCGGUCUUCCGUACGGUACGCCGAUCGAUAUGUGGAGCUUGGGUUGUAUUUUGGCCGAACUUUAUACGGGAUAUCCUUUGUUUCCGGGCGAGGACGAGAUCGAACAACUCGCGUGCAUCAUGGAGGUACUCGGGCUACCUCCAGAACACAUCACCAGUCACGCUUCGCGUCGCAGACUCUUUUUCGAUCAGAAGGGUACUCCACGAUGCGUGACAAACAGCAAGGGCAAAAAGAGAUGGGCUGGCAGCAAAAACUUAACGAUGGUUCUCCGAUGUACCGAUACACAUUUCGUCGACUUCGUUAGCAGAUGCCUCGAGUGGGAUCCGAAGAAGCGCAUGACCCCCGACGAGGCAGUGCGCCACGAGUGGCUGAGCUCUUCUUUCUCUCAUGCGAGCUCCUCGUCGUCGUCGUCAUCGUCGACGAUGACGUCGUCGACGGUGAACGCGAAAAACGGCAACAACGGUAACAACAGCAACGCUACGGCAGCGGUCGUCGAAACGUCUCAAUCAUCUCACGCGCAAACUGUAACGCGCCUGACGGUCAGCGAAGCGUUGCAGCUACCUUCUAACAUGGAAUACGCUCCGUACAGUCUCCUAGCUCUCUACCUCAAGCACGAUAAACACAUGAAGAGGGUCGGCACGUCAGAGAACUCAAAGAGCGGCGGUGCAGCGACAACGGACAAUUCCAAGAGUAGCAGCAGUCUUGUUGUAAAGAGCAAGUUAAAUGGUAGCGCGAGUAGCCAUGCCUUGGCCAGUAGCGCUCAAACAACGACGUCCAGGCACGCCUCGACCGGUGACAUAGUUUCUAGCUUGGACCCGAAUCUCGACGACUCCGGAACCUUCCUUCCACCGAUAUUGUGAAGUCGGGUUUACGCUAGCCACUUUUAAACGUCCUCCGUUUGAGUUCGUUCUCUGCGUCUUUCCUCUCUUUCUUAGAUCGAACGAUUGAGCGAUUUUUAGCUGGCAAGUUUUCUUAGCUCCCCUCGGCUAAAAGUUUUUGGAUCUAAGAAAGGCAACAUUCUGGGUAGCGUCGUACAUAUGGAAUAGGAGGAAGAAUUGAAGCUUGAUAUAUAUAUAUAUAUAUAUAUAUAUAUAUAUAUAUAUAUAUAUAUAUAUAAUCGAGUAAGAAUGUUACUCAAUAGGGUAGAGGGUAGUAUCGUGCAAGAAGUUAAUGAAAGCGAAGGAAACAGGUAAAUUUAAUAAAGAGUUAUUUCAAAAAAGAGCAGAGUAUCAUCGGCGACUCAAACCGAUCAUUAAAGCGCGUCUUCGUCAUCAUCAUAGCGUAUCAUCAAAACAAAGUCAUUAUCAAUAACGAUAACGAGUGAAGUUUUUCUUAAGUUCGGAAAGAGUGUACGCUUUCCAAUUUUCUAAGAGCAAUAUCGGAAAAUUGAUCGUUUCGAUAAAUCGAACGUCGUCGUUGAAAUGUAGGAACGCGUGGUGAGAGCGAGCACAUGGUGUGUGCGCUUAGAAAUGGCUGGCCCGUGUAAACGCGCUUGACGUUCUCGAUGCCAAAAGGGCUUAGAAGAUAUAUGUGUAUAUAUAUAUAUAUAUAUAUAUAUAUAUAUAUAUAUAAUUUAUAUAUGUAUAUAUAUUAUCGAUAAAAUUCUCAGCCCCUCCCCCUUAAUAUCGAACUAGCUACGAAGUCGAGAUCGCACAUACAAACGUCGUCGUUUGGCUGAUCGUAGCGAAGUACAUGGGAUAUGUCGUUAUUAGAUCAUCGCUUGGAAAUACGAUGGAACCUAAAUUAAAAUGCCGUAAAGUCACUCGAGUAUCAAUCAAAUUAUUUUCUCGUUUAAUGGAACAAUCGUGUUCCCUCCAUCCGGAAUAUAUUUAUUUAACGGUAAAGUUCACGCGUCAAUAUAUCAUGAGAUUUCACGCGGUAUAAAUCAUCGAUAUUAAAUUGAGAAAUUACUUUGAAAAAUUAUUCCGAAUGAUAUUGUUCUCUAAGGAGAGUAACUAUUAAUGGUUCAUCGAUGUGAUCGCGCGAUAUCAUUCAAUAUAAGCAUAACGUCGCGCUAAUCGAUGGUCUAACGAGAUAAUAAUUUUUUCCUUUUAAGCGAUCGCGAGGGCGAGCUUAAAUAUAUUCUACUAUAAUUUAAAGAUAUCGUCCGUGUAGUGUGUCGAAUGGAUUUUUAAUUACUUGUAGUAGGUAACUGUUUAUGGCGAUGAGAAAAUAUAUAAGGAAGAUAAAAAAGGUGGUGUUUGACGUUUCAAAAGAUCGCUCCUUUUUUAUCGUCUGAUUAUUUUUUAUCAUCACGUCGAGAAGAUCUGAGCAAUUUUUCGUAGCUAUCAGUGGCUGCUAAAAAAUCGCUAUCAAUAAUAAUGAGAAUUUGAAAGGAGCAAUCUUAAAGUGAAAAAUAAAAAAGAAAAAAAAAAAAAUAAAUAAACGAAGCGUGCCCCAGUUUCGCGAGGCCUGUGUAGUAGUCUUAUUGUGAUAUUAAACUACCACUGUCUUAUUUAGAUCUUUGGUAAUAAGAAAUAAUAACGAUCGUUAAUGAUUUCAUUACUAUUAAUCACUAAUAUUUUCUUUAUAAUGAGUAUCGCAAAAACAAGCUUAUUGCUACAAGAUUAUAAUUACAUGAUUAAUGUGUGCAAGAGAGAGAGAGAGAGAGAGAGAGAGAGAGAGAGGGAGAGAGAGAGAGAGAAAGAGACAGAAAGAGAUGAUUAACAUUGACGAAGAGUUUAAUAUUAUCUUGUAGGAUUGUACAGCUUUUAAUUAAGUCUGCGAUAUAUAUUCCUGAGUAGCACGCGAUUUGCUUGCGUAAUCGAAGAAUACGUAAAAUGCCAAUUUCACUGAAAUUUCCAUAUCAUUUGAAUUUUUCUUUAUCUAUAUCAAUAAUGCUUCUUUUUUUAUUAUUAUUGUUAUUAUUAAUAUUAUUAUUACUAUCAUCAUCACUAUUAUCCUUACUUUUACUACAAUUAAUAUUAAUAUUAUUAUUAUAUUAUUAUAUUAUUAUCAUUAUUGUUCGUACGAUUAUGAUAUUAUCAGUCAUACGUUAACAACGCAAUAUCUUAUGUAAAAAGCGAUAUCACACUUUAUAAGAUUGUACUUUAAUUCACCGAGAUUAUUCAUCGACGUCCAGCGUUUUUUUGGAUGUUGGCGCAAAAAUCAAUGAGAUAUCCAGGGAACAGUCGUCUUUAAGAACGCGGAAUGGAUUUAAUGGGAGAUUAUAAUACUUGUCUAACUUUCAUGUCGUUUAGAUGCGUCGAUUUUAACGAAGUUCGUAGAACCACGAAAGAUUGUAUAUCCGAGCUUAAUAUUCAUAGUAGAAUUCGAGAAAGAAUUUGGCCCCCUUCAAUCGAGACUCGAACGAUCGAGGAUUUCAUUCAUUUUUCUUCCGUAUCUUUUUCCUUUUUUUACCAUUCGAACUUAUGCUUCGUCCGUCUCGUUCGAUUGUUCACACUUUCAUACGAUUUCAUAGGAUUAUAUAGUCGGCGGACCAAUUGUGCUCUUCGGUCCAAUUAAGAGGCUUAUAGAGAAUAAGCUUCGUCAAAUAUCAGCAGCACUAGAGAACGAUCAUACGACAUUGAUUUUUUCACCUUUAGUUUCUCCCUUUUAUCUUCCUAAAGUCCCCCUCCCCAUUGGCUUCGAAGAAGAUUUAUUAGACGUUAACGAAUGAUCGAUUCGCGUAGUAGUAUCUUUUCACGACUGAUCGCGUUAGUUUAAUUAAAUUCUCGUGGACCACCAUCUUUCUUGUUCGAGUGUCCAUUGAAAGAAAAGACAAAAAGUAGAUGAGUAAGUGAUCGUAACAAUAAACUCGUACGGUAAAACAUAAAACAACAAAGUACUUGUAACAAGACUGACUGAUUGUAUACAAUUUCAUCACACAAUUAUCACGACGUAAAUCAAUCGUGUUCUUGCAAAUUAGUAUCGUUCUCAUCGCGUAUAUUUAUACAUACAUAUAAAAAUGACAAAACGUUCGCAGAUCUUCUAGGCUCUUACGUCGUGUUUCCUCGGAUCUCCAAUUAGAAAAGGUUCAAGUUUAGCUUAUACCGCGCGUCCUAUCCCCGUGUCGUUAAUUUUUAUCACGAUUGAAGCCAAUUCUUCUUUACUUAAUAAAAUUUCGAAUCUGCGCUACUCGGAAAAUUAGUUUUCUUCUUCGAAAACACGUAUCGUCGUAUAUAUGUCAUUUGAAACAAUCCGCGUUCGUUGCAAAAAUAGAAAGGAAUAAAGAUGAAGUCUUUUUUUAAUAAAAAGAAAAAGAAAAAAAAAAGAAACAAAAGAAAAAAAAAAGAAAUUUUGAAUGUCGAUGAUACAACGGGAAUACAUACAUACAUACAUACGUAUUCGUAAUUCAACAAAAUUACCGGCAUUAUUUAUCGUUGUUGUCUAUUAUAUCACGCCUAAUUACUGUUCCCCUUAUUUUUCUUUAAUAAAUUCUAUCGCAGCGUUCUUCAAUUUGCUGUUCGCGAAAUAUCUAAACGAGGAAAGGGAAAGGGGGGAGAAAAAUGAAGAAAUAAUGAAUAUCUUUUCGCGAGAUGGGUUCGAUGAACUCGAACGAAGAGAGGAGUUUGCAACUUCAAUGUUCUUAGUGACUAGAAAGAAAGAAAUCGAAAAAAAAAAAAAACAGAUGAAAAGGAAACCGAGCAUACACAGUAAGGGAGAUAUCAAAUUCUGUAUAAAUAACGUUUUAGUAAUAUGUGUGUAUGCGCGGAUCCUUGAAAAAAGGUAUGUAUGAUGUGUGUUGUGUGUGUAUGAGAGAGAGAGAGAGAGAGAGAGAGAGAGAAUACAGAAGACCGAAAGAAAGAGAGAGAGGGAGAGAGAAAGAGUGAAAGAAUGAAUCAUAUUUACGCGUACAUGUAUAUAUAAUAUAUCCAUACAUAUAUAUUAUACACACUUGUGCGCGUAUUACUUUGCAUAUACAUAUUAUAUACAAGUAUGUAUUAAGAGAAAUCACGCAAGCAAAAAACGAGUUAAAUAUUAGUAAUUAACAUAGAAAUAAUAGAACAUUAAGUAAUAUAACCCCAUAAAAACUCGGGGAUACCCUAAACAACAGCAAAAAAAGAAAAAAGAAGAAGAGGAAGAAGAAAACAAAAAGGAUAAUUGUACAGCCCUAAGUUUUUAGUUGUGUUCAUUAUUAUAUACAGCGGGAUCAAAUUGUAUGUGUAUAGGAGACACUGUUGUAUAAUCUGCGUCGAAGAAACGCAUUCGCGCACAGUCAUAUACGUGUGUAUCCGUGCGUAGGUCCGAAAAGAAAGAAAGGAAUGAAAAUAAAUUUGAUAAUGGUAUCGAUCCCGAUUUCAUACACGGAAGAAAAAUGCGCGAUGAAAGAGAGAGAGGGAGAGAGAGAGAGAGAGAGAGAGAGAGAGAGAGAGAGAGAGAGAGAGAGAGAGAGAGAGAGAGAGAGAGAGAGAGAGAGAGAGAGAGUAAAAUACUUUUAUCGAUCCGCACAAAGAGAAAAAAGAAAAGAAAACAAGAUUGCGGAUGAAAAAGGGGCGAUUGCUCUCUAGUCCUGAAUUAUUACGAACGAACGUGAUCCGAGUUGAAAGGGGACGAACAUGAUCUUAGAGACAUAUAUGUCUUAACGAAUGUGUAACAGAAGAAAGAUAGGGAAGAAAAAUUGUCUCUGUGAAAAAGAAUUAAAAAAAACCCCCUCCAGCGUGCGAGCGAGCGUGCGUGCGUGUAAAAGGCUCUAGCGUAUAUCUUCUUAGAAGAAAAAAAAGCAAAAAAAAAAAAAACAAAAAAAAAGCAAAAAAAAAAAAAACAGUUUGUAAAACCAAUUAUCGAGUUAACAACGUGGAUAGAUCGUCUUUAAAGUUAGAUAGUAAAACUCUUGUAUGCGUGACGCGUUCUAAGGAGAAUAGGUAAAAAAGAAAGAAAAUGAACCAUCAUCGUCGGGCGAACGAAGGACACGACCACUUCCUACAAACUUCACUCUCCCUUUUUAUCCCUCGAUGCUCUCUCUCGAGUUUCGACAAGCGACAUCAUCAAAAAAGAAAAAGAACAUAAAUAAAUGCGCGACCCGGUAUUCGAACGUCUUUCAUUUCACUUUGUGUGUAGUAGGGCAUCGUCGAGAGUAGAAGGACAAUCAUAGGAGGUAGUUGUACGCCAUUUUGAAUUUGCGCGUAUUUAAUGAGGCUUAUUUCAUCUGAAUCUUUUUAGAACGAGCGUCGCGUAGAAUAAUCGAUCCUGACGAGUUGUUCCGUCUUUGAAGAAUGAACGAAACGUUUGUCCCGAUCCUUAAUCGAAGACGAGAUGAACGGAGAGAGAAAACGAAGGAUUGAAGGUCAUUCGUUUCUCUCUCUUUUUCUCUUUCUCCUCUCCAUCCUUAUAACCAUCAACUUCUUUUUAUCGGGUUGUCCUUCAUCCUCCAUAUUUGCCAAGGGAGUCCGUUGAUCAAUCUUCAACCCUUCGUUUUCUUUUUCUCUUUCUCUCUCUUUCUUAUUCGUGUCAGUAAGAAUGUGAACGAAUCGAAAAGAGGAAAAAAGAAAAAGGAAGGAAAAAAGGGAGGGAGGGAGGGAGGGAGGGAGAGAGAGAGAGCUGCGAGAGACGAUGCACGAUGAUUUGUAAUUUUCGCGUUAAAACGACGGGACGGUCCCUUGUGUUACGCGUAAGACCGUCGUGUAAGUGCGAAUCGUCGUCAAUUUAUGCCUGCAAUUUUAAUUAUAGCAAACAAGAGAGAAUUGCUAACGAUAAACGAUUAUGAUAAUGACAUUAGUAUAAAGAAAAGUAUAUGUAAUGAUACGAUACUGAAGCAUCAUCAUCUUUUGUAUCAUUUGUUCGUUUGUUCUUAUCUUACUGCGUUUGUCUUUCAUUAUUAAUGCAAUACCAAGAUGACUCGGUUUCGACUCGGUAUCUUGUGUGUAAAUAUAUACUAAUAAAGAAAAUUAUAGCGAA